UUUAGGAAAGCAGGAAGUGAUGCAACUAGCGAGCAAGACCGUUGUUGUAACUGUGGAUACAACCUCCAGGAGGGAAUAAACUGAUGAAAUAGAUAUUAAAAGGAAAAUGAAUCAUACUGACACAUAGCCAAACUCUACAUUUCUCCGAGGAUGUUGUGUUUGGGUGUAAAUGCUGUGAGGUCGUCGCUGUCUUUACAAAAGCUGUGCCUCCUCUCCCUGCUGAACCUGAGACAUCCGCUCCAUCGUUGCACCCUGCAGUCAUGGAGACGACGCCCACAAUCGGGUACCGUCCGCUGCCUCUCUACUACAACGGAUUCACCUCCUCCUCCUCGUCCUCCCACACUCACCGACUCCGCUGACUGCACUGAACCAGAGCCGAGCCGCGUCCCCUCUACGUGGACUCCAGAGCAGGGUCCACCACCCGCUCCCACUCACUGCUGCAUGAGCGGCUGUCAUAACUGCGUGUGGAUCGAACACGCAGAGCAGCUGCUUGAGUACUACUCCGACGGAGGGGAUCGGGCGCUCGAAGCAAUCGAGGAGAACGUCCUCGAUGAGAACCUUAAAACGUAUCUGAAGAUGGAGAUUAGACUCUUGAAAAAAUAAAUGACCGACGAUUUUACUACUAACCUCCUCAAAAAGAAGGUUUCACUAACAGACUAUGAGACUCAUGACUUCCUCCAAAGCUCCUCUGUCUGGAGUUAUUGGUAAAACAAUUGUAAUCAUUACAGUUUUAAAAAUGUAGAAAUAUGGAAGUGUUGUCCAUCAGUUAUUUAUUUUAAGUCACAAAGUAUGCACAUCUUAAAUCAUCGUCUCAUGGAAUAAACAAGCGCACACAUGGAGUGGAAGAGAGUCGGGACAGGGUCUUUAGGUCUAGAGCUCUGAUUCAGUCUUCUGUGUGAGUCGAUGAUUCAUUUUAAUGUUUCUUUUAUCAUGAAGCACUUUUGCACAUUUCUUUUAUUUAUCAGUGAUUUAAAGUUUGAACUGAGAAGUUAAAAUACAUUUUUAUGUGACUGAUUCUUAUUAUAUGAUAAUGGUGUUAAUUUAUGUAUUUCAGAUUUAUAUUCAAGAGUUUGUUAAAUAAAUGUUUUCUCCAAAACGACACAAA